UUCAACUCUUCAUCUAGUAGUUGGUCAUAAUAGUGAACAAAGUUUCCACCUUUUGUUUGCAAAACUUGAAAUUAACAAGUGUUGAAACUAAUCUUGAGAUAUGCCUUCAAUGGCUGCUAACAAUUUUUCAAGAAACACUCAUCAAAAUCAAACAAAAGGGGACUUUGUUUCCAGGAAGCAAAUGAUUGAGCAGCAGAGAAAAAAUUUACCAAUUGCUGCAGUUGAAAGGAGACUAGUGGAGGAGGUGCGAAACAAUGACACACUGAUAAUUGUUGGAGAAACUGGAAGUGGAAAGACAACUCAACUACCUCAGUAUCUUUUUAAAUGGGGAUUUUGCCGUGAUGGUGGUGUCAUUGGGAUAACUCAACCUAGACGUGUGGCUGCUAUCACUGUUGCUAAACGUGUUGCUGAGGAGUGUGGCAUUCCAUUGGGUCAAAAGGUUGGAUACGCUAUUAGAUUUGAAGAUGUAACUUCUGGCCAAACAAAGAUCAAAUAUAUGACAGAUGGUUUGCUUCUGAGGGAAGCAUUAUUGGAUCCAUACCUCUCCAAGUAUUCUGUUAUUAUUGUUGAUGAGGCGCACGAGCGGACUAUCCACACUGAUGUAUUGCUUGGAUUGUUAAAGAAUGUACAGAAAACAAGGUCAAAAUCUAUCAACGGAGUGGUAAAUACUGAUCAUAAUAAUUCUAAUAACGGGCAUGCCCUGGAGGAAAGGAUUGACAAUCAGAAUGACGGUAUUUUGAAGUCAUGUCAAGUGAAAAAGUACAACCCAUUGAAAUUGAUCAUCAUGUCAGCCAGUCUGGAUGCACGAGUUUUCUCAGAGUACUUUGGUGGUGCAAAGGCUGUUCAUGUUCAGGGACGGCAGUUUCCUGUCGAUAUAUUCUACACCCAUAAGCCUGAGACAGAUUGCAUAGAUGCUGCUUUGAUUACUAUAUUUCAGAUACAUCUAGAGGAGGGACCUGGUGAUGUGCUUGUAUUCCUUACUGGUCAAGAGGAGAUUGAAUCCGUUGAAAGGCUUAUCCAUGAACGUCUCCGACAAUUACCCGAAUGCAGUAGAAAGCUCUUAACUUUUCCCAUAUUCUCAUCACUUCCCUCUGAGAAGCAAAUGAGGGUUUUCAUGCCUUCACCAGCUGGACAUCGUAAGGUGAUACUAGCAACAAAUAUUGCUGAGACAUCGGUGACAAUACCUGGAAUCAGGUACGUUGUGGAUCCUGGACUGGUGAAAGCCCGAACAUAUGAUCCUAAGAUGGGAGUUGAUUCAUUGAUCAUUGUCACAACAUCUAAAGCUCAAGCUCUGCAGAGGAGUGGACGUGCAGGGCGUGAUGGACCUGGGAAAUGCUAUCGUUUGUAUCAAGAAAGUUUCUUUGAGAAACUUACAGAUUCUACAUUACCCGAGAUUAAGAGAUGUGACCUCUCGAAUGUUGUAUUGCAGCUCAAGGCUCUAGGCAUUGAUGAUGUCAUCAACUUUGACUUCAUUGAAAAACCAGACAGAUCUGGGGAAUCUGUAACGAAGCAUGCUUUUAAGGAAUUUGAAGAGGCAAGUGAUAGACAUCAACGUUUUAAAUUCCUCCAUGACUGCCUGUACUUGUCCCAAUCACGAAAUGCAUUGAAAAGCUUUGCAAGUCCAGAGGGGGAUCAUCUGACAUUGCUUAAUGUAUACCGCGCUGCUGAUGAGUUCUUUCAAAAGAACAAGAUGGUACACAGUGAAGAAAAAGCUGAAAAGAAUCUUAGAAAAUGGUGCAAGGAUAAUUAUAUUAACAGUCGCUCUCUAAAACAUGCUCGUGAUAUCCACAGUCAAAUUGUGAGGAAUGUUGAACAAAUGGGUCUUCGCGUCACUUCUUGUGAAGAUGAUACGCUUCUCCUCCGCAGAUGCCUUGCUGCCUCGUUUUUUCUUAAAGCAGCUAUGAAGCAGCCUGAUGGUGCAUACAGGGUGACGUUAAGUGGUUUGAUUGUGCAAAUACACCCGUCUUCUGUCCUGUUCCGAGCCAAGCCAGAGUGUAUAGUUUUCAAUGAACUGGUUCAUACUAACCAUAGUUAUGUCCGUAAUGUCUCUAGAAUCGAUUACUUGUGGCUCGUUGAGCUGGCACCUCACUUGUAUGCCGUGCAAGACUAAAUGUGUUUCACUUGCCAUAGUUAUUAUUAGUAUCAUUUAUACUGGUGUGAGAUCCCCUCCUUCAACAACACCUCCACAAGUGGGGUUUCGAGAGGGUGGGAUGCACGUAGACCUUACCCCUUACCUUUGUGUGUGUGGUAAAGAGGUUGUUUCCGACCCUCGGCUCGAAAGGAAUGUCAUCAAUUUUGCUUUUUGUGGUUUUAACAAUUUCUCAGUUCCAACAAGCCUUGAUGAGAUCCUGUUUAGUUUUCGACAUUUGUAUGUUGUGAAAUCGUCUUUGUAGUAAAUUCCUUUUGUUGCUUCUAUCACCUCUGUUAAAACAAGUUAAAAUAUAUUGAUGGCGU